AUGCCUGACGACGCCCGCAUCAAAGCGGUAGACGAGAGUACCAUGCAAAAUGCUCUUAAUUGGAACUUCAUCAGACUGUUUAAUUCGCUCUGUGAAGCAAACGACCUCUCCUGCACGUCAGACGCGCUCAACUAUCUUUCACGAACAGAUAUCCAAAGCCUCACACUUCAACUCUUGCUGGACCUGGAACACUCUGCGAUCUGCGGGUUAACGCCCAGAUAUAGCCGCGCCGCUGCCCUGGACAAUAUCCAGAAAUUGAAGACUGCAAUAAUACUGUCCGAAGCGUUUGAUCUCUCCCUUGUACAGUUUAUAUUGGCUUCAGCUAUUGCUUGCACGCCAGAUAACGAUAUCUGGGAAUGUAUCGAUGACGCAGUCAUUGAAUACACCCGUGCAUCCUCCCAACAAAUCCAACAUAUCCACAAUACAAGCAGCUUUGCAACCCUCUCCGAGCACCGCCAAUAUAUUGAUCGAAUUCUCAAGGCUGAGGUUGGAUCUUUGUAUGUUGGAAUCCCGCAAUUUCACGCCGCGUUUUUUGGAUGCGUACGUGGUCUGCAAGAAGCGUCGCAGGCCGUAUUCCAAAGAUGCAGGGAAUGCACAAAUCCUCUUUUUGUUGCUGAUAGGUGGGAGGGCUGGCCAAAAGAUGCAAGCCAGGAAGACGUCUUGACUUGGUUCUCAGAUCUAAAUGAUAAACUUGCUAACCUUUCCAAAGACUACUGUCCCGAGUCAGCGCAGCUACGAAGGCCAGUAGCCCGACCUAACAGACCCAUUCAAGGCUCUACGGAAGAGCGCAAGCUGGACAUUGGAUUCGUUAGCGAAAUCAAUGCAGGAAAGAAUACCAAAUGUCUUUGGGUGGAGAUCCUCGUACCUGGAGUGCUGAAGAGUGAUCCAGCAGCCGAUACCGCUGCGAAGACAUGGCUUGAUCUGGGGAGGAUAUGGGCCUUUGAUCGUCUCGGAGGAGUUGCAUCGGAUCGAUUCGAUAUUAAUGAGAAUGGUCUUCAAUUUGUGUCCAUCAUUCUCGGCUUUCUAUGGAUGAGUGGCGAGCAAUACGGGUUUGACCCCACAAUUAUCAUAACAGAAGAUGGCCGGCGUUUCAUCGAGAUAGAGCAAGAAGGACAGGUCCAACGUCUUUUCCUCGAGCGGUUGAUAAAACGGACACCCUGCAUCGCAGGUCGAGCAACAACAUGCUGGAAAGCGUAUCGUGAAGAUGACCCCGGGAUUCCACUCGUAGUAAAAGAUUCCUGGCAAGACACGGAGCACGACGAAGAAGGUAGUCUUCUUCAGGAAGCUACCAACGCCGGGGUGGUCAACGUCGCACGGUACUAUCACCAUAGCAAUGUUUGCGUCCCUGGUAAGGUAGAUGAUGUUCGCUAUAAUAUUCGGGGUGGUUUAAAUAUCAGAACUGCGACUAGCCUGCAUCGCUCAGAGCAAGCACAAGCGCCCUCAGCCGGUGCCAGCGUAGCUGAUGCCCAGCAUAAGGGUCGGAGCACCGAUAGACCAAACAUCGAGCGACCCUCCAGCCAAGACAGUGCCAUCUUGCCGCCUAUAAAGCGCCCACGCCUAUCAUCACCUAACGAUACAUCCAAAAAGUCCCCAAACCGUAUCCACCGCCGAGUCAUCCUGCGCGACUACGGCAAGCCAAUCUACACGGCAAGCACUCAUUCAGUCCUUCUCGCCGCAUUAGAGCAAUGCAUAACAGGACACCAAUCUCUCCACGAGAAAGGGAUCCUACACCGGGACAUCUCACUCAAUAACCUCCUAAUUAACGAGAACAACAACAACAACCCAUCCUGGCCAGCGUUCGUAAUCGACCUUGAUCUCGCCAUCAAAGAACAAAGCGAUAUUCCUACCCCAGAGUCAAACGGCACCCCGGGUAGUAAGGGAAGAAGAAGGACUGUUGCUAUAUUCGCCAGAUGGAUCUUUGUCGAUACGGAUGAUCUGGCUGUUAUGAAACAGGGCUUCGUGUUUACUGAAGUGGAUUAUCUGCGGUGGGCUGAUAAGUACUUCACGACGUAUUAUAAGCCUCUUGUUUCGUGCGUCAACGCUUUGCGGAAGGUGGUCUUUCCUGGUGGGAAUAGAUGGAUGGUGGAAGAUAUGGGGUUGUAUGAGCGGAUGAAGGAGGUUCUGCGCGCGGGUAGAGAGGAUGAGUUUGAUAUGUGUGUUGAAGAAGCGGUCACUGAGAGUUUGUAA